AUGCAUCGCUUUUUUGCAGAGCUGGAGCCAUCUCUAUCCGUCACUGAGCAAAACCUGGCAGACCGAGUUAGGUACAUCCUGCGCUCCAACAUAUUUGGUGACGCCGAACUCGAGCGACUACGACGUGAGGCUAUUCCUUCAUCGAAUGGAAAUGCUACGGCUGGGAAUGCGGCGCCACUAGAUGCGCAACAAACUGCAUAUGUGGAUGCUGCCGUCAACAUUCCAUUUGUGGCUAAUUCAGACGAUGAUGGAAUAGUCUCCCACGAACUAGAGAAAAUGAGGAGCAUAUUGGAAGCGUCGAUGCUGGAAACGCGCAGCAUGCCUCUCGAAAAUCGACCGCGACUUCCCCGCAUACCCCUUAGCAAGCGAAAUCGGGCUGUCGUGCGGGCUCUUAACCCAAUGCUGGUGACCUAUUUGGAAGCCAGCCGGGACCUUUGCGAGAAGGAUUCAAUUCUUUUUGGCGCCGCACUGGCAGUAUGCCGUAUUAUUGGCGCCAAACUUCCCGUGGCUGGACGUGCUACUCAAAAAAGUAGCGCCAUCCCAGCCUGGAGAAAAAGAAUUGAGGACCGUAUCGCAAAGGCAAGGGCCCUUAUCGGCAGACUGACAAGCUUCAGGUCGGGUAAUAAUAGACCGAGGAUUAUGCGCACCGUUAGGAUGGCGUUUGCUGGGACAAAUAUCAGUUUGUUCCAGCCGGAUAUCACGCAAAAACUAACGGAGUGCAUAGAUGACCUGAAGCAAAAAAUCGCUGCUUGGGGGAAGCGGAUUCGACGAUUUAGCGAGAGGUCAAGGCGGUUCAACCAGAAUCGUCUCUUCCAGAGUGAUCAGAAGAGGCUCUAUAAAUCAUUGGAGCGACCAGAGGUAUGUGGAGCGGGCCCAGGACCGGAUCAGGCUGACACUGUCGCAUUUUGGCGUGGCCUGUGGUCAGAGCCCGUAAACCACAGCGAGGGCCCUUGGAUGAAAGUUGUGGCGAGCCAGAGUGCAAGUGUUACGCCUAUGGACCCCGUCACCAUAACGCCUGAAGACGUGGCUGAGGCAGUCCGUAGGGCCCCGAACUGGAAAAGUCCGGGGCUCGACGGGCUGCAUCAUUACUGGCUAAAGGGAACUUACACUUACAUAGAAGAUGUCUUGUUUUGUGUUGGUUUCGUUGAAGUUGAUCAGGAGGACAUCACCGUCACCAUUACAGACAUGGACAGUCAGGAUGACAUCGUCGGGUGUGAUUAUGAUAGUCAAGAUGAAAUAUUACAACAUUCAAUCAUACAUAUUCUAUUACUUUUCAAACCGUACGCAGUAGCGGCUUGA